AUGGCUUUUACCACGGUCAUUGGUUUGCUUGGACUCGUCUUUCAUGCGUCUGCGAACCCGCUGGGCGUAUUGCAGGCUAGACAGGCGCAGAGCACCUGCCCCCCAGGACCAUCCAGCACCGCAUACCAGAAUGCCAUUUCCAAUUGUGAGCUGGCCAUCGGAACAUCGUCCAUGUCGGCCUUCUGCUCCUCGUUCUUUACCGCGGCAACCACUGUGUCUACCGAUACCACCGUGACGGUCAAUGGAACUACUGCGGUUCAGACCGUGAUUGCUACUCCACCUGCAACCGUCACGAUGAAUAGCACCACAUUUGUGACCACCACCAUCGUGAGCACGGCGGUUUCUGCGUCAGCCAGUCCUACUUUCUCGUUCAACACAGCUACUACCACGUCUAUCUAUACAGUCAACUCGACUGUGUACACGUGUGCCACAGCUGGCGCUGCAUCUAUCACGAGCAGCUCGUCAUCCUCUUCGGUUGUUCCCAUUGUCACUAAACGCCAGGAUGCUUCGACUACUGUGUCACUGCCGACUGCAUGCGUCGGCCAGCUUAUCAACUUCGCGACAUGGCAGUUGAAGUGGGGAAUCUGUCGUGGCUGUCUGGGCAUCUCAGCCACUUCCUCAGUCUCGACAGUGUAUACCUCUACUGUAACUACUACCAUUGACGCUACGGUUACAUCUGUCAUCCCUCCGACAAUUACGGCCACCUCAAUACAGACCAGUCUCUUCAAUACUAUGAGCACUACCACAAUCACUAGUGUGGAACCGACUGUGAUCCUCGGGACUUCCACCAUCGUCACAACCACGACAGUGACCACGACACUAUCGUCCCCUCAGCCGACAAGAUUCAGCAUCUCAUACACCAACACUUCUUCUGAUGGCACCGUCGUCAAGUACUUUGGUCGUGCCGCCAAUCUCACAAAUGGCGACACCACUGUCGUUCAGUUCAGUCCGUCCGAUGCAGCGCUUGACCAAUGGUCGCUAGACUCACAAGGCCGCCUCGAGAAUCUCUCCGAUGAUGAGUAUGUGGCCAAGAACACUUUCGACUAUCUUCCCUGGCUGUACCUCCUGAACACUAGUGCACCACAGAAUACUCCUAGCUGCAUUGGCUGCAACAACACUCUGUUCUGCAAUUACCCAAACACCACUGGAAACAGCUUCAGCAGCUGUGGCGGAUUCUUGGCACUUGGCCCAGCGGCUACGCUCAACUCUUCUUCGCUUUGUGUUCCGAUCACGUUGCGGUAUGGGCUUAUCUGA